UGGUUUGACGCCAUCUUACUUUGCUCGCUGCGGGAGAAUCCCGGAUAUUUGAGCCUCUUUUACCGCGGAGGAGGUGGAGUGUACUGCGGGUGGUUUGUGCACGGUUUAUCGGAUUGUAGUCUAAAUUGUUGCCCGUAAAACCGACGCCCGGAGAAGGAAGGAGUCUUCUUUCGACGCAGAUUAGAAAGCUGUGCUGGCGGCAGGCUGAGUGAGGAACAUGGCGACCCAGUCUGAUCUGAUGGAGCUUGACAUGGCAAUGGAGCCAGACCGCAAAGCUGCAGUUAGUAACUGGCAGCAGCAGUCUUACCUGGACUCAGGCAUUCAUUCUGGGGCAACCACCACUGCUCCCUCCCUUAGUGGUAAGGGAAAUCCAGAUGAUGAGGAUGUGGACAACCAGGUGCUGUAUGAAUGGGAGCAAGGAUUCAAUCAAAACUUCAGCCAAGACCAAGUGGCAGACAUUGAUGGCCAAUAUGCCAUGACCAGAGCCCAGAGAGUGAGAGCUGCCAUGUUUCCAGAAACACUUGAUGAGGGCAUGCAGAUUCCUUCUACACAGUUUGACAGUGCCACACCAACCAACGUGCAGCGUCUGGCUGAACCCUCACAGAUGCUUAAGCAUGCUGUAGUCAAUCUAAUCAACUAUCAGGAUGAUGCAGAAUUGGCUACACGUGCCAUCCCAGAACUCACAAAGCUACUAAAUGAUGAGGAUCAGGUUGUGGUAAAUAAGGCAGCUGUCAUGGUGCAUCAGCUCUCGAAGAAAGAGGCUUCACGACAUGCCAUCAUGCGCUCUCCUCAGAUGGUGUCUGCCAUUGUGAGGACCAUGCAGAACACCAGUGAUGUGGAGACAGCCCGAUGCACAGCUGGAACACUUCACAAUCUGUCCCACCACAGAGAGGGGCUGCUUGCUAUCUUUAAGUCAGGGGGCAUUCCAGCUCUUGUCAAAAUGCUAGGCUCUCCAGUGGACUCUGUACUUUUUUAUGCCAUCACAACUCUCCACAACCUGCUGCUGCACCAGGAGGGAGCCAAAAUGGCUGUGCGUUUGGCAGGAGGCUUACAGAAGAUGGUGGCAUUGUUGAACAAAACCAAUGUAAAAUUCCUUGCCAUCACAACAGACUGCCUUCAGAUUUUGGCUUAUGGCAAUCAAGAAAGCAAACUCAUCAUCCUUGCCAGCGGUGGCCCCCAAGCUCUGGUUAAUAUCAUGAGGACAUAUACAUAUGAAAAGUUGCUAUGGACCACUAGCCGUGUGCUGAAAGUGCUGUCUGUGUGUUCCAGUAACAAACCUGCUAUUGUUGAGGCUGGUGGUAUGCAGGCACUGGGUCUCCACCUUACAGAUCCCAGCCAGCGAUUGGUUCAGAACUGCUUGUGGACUCUUAGAAACCUGUCAGAUGCUGCCACCAAACAGACCUCCUUAGCUGAAGUAGAUGUGAUGCAGGAGGGCAUGGAGGGCCUGUUGGGCACUCUGGUGCAACUUUUAGGUUCUGAUGACAUUAAUGUGGUGACGUGUGCUGCUGGCAUACUGUCUAAUCUCACAUGUAACAACUACAAGAACAAAAUGAUGGUCUGCCAGGUGGGUGGCAUUGAGGCACUAGUGCGUACUGUCCUACGUGCUGGAGACCGGGAGGACAUCACUGAGCCUGCUAUCUGUGCCCUUCGCCACCUCACCUCUAGACACCAGGAUGCUGAAAUGGCACAGAAUGCAGUACGGCUACACUAUGGCUUGCCAGUGGUAGUUAAACUUCUCCACCCGCCUUCACAUUGGCCUCUUAUAAAGGCUACAGUUGGUCUGAUUCGUAAUUUGGCCCUGUGUCCUGCCAACCAUGCACCUCUUAGAGAACAAGGUGCUAUCCCUCGACUGGUCCAGCUGCUUGUCAGAGCCCACCAAGAUACUCAGAGACGAACUUCCAUGGGAGGUACACAACAGCAGUUUGUGGAAGGUGUCCGGAUGGAGGAGAUUGUAGAGGGCUGCACUGGAGCACUGCACAUUCUUGCAAGAGAUAUUCACAACAGGAUUGUCAUUAGAGGACUCAAUACCAUUCCACUCUUUGUCCAGCUGCUGUACUCCCCCAUUGAAAACAUCCAGCGUGUAGCUGCAGGUGUCCUGUGUGAAUUAGCUCAGGAUAAGGAGGCAGCCGAGGCUAUUGAAGCAGAGGGGGCGACUGCACCGCUUACAGAGCUGCUCCACUCCCGAAAUGAAGGCGUUGCCACAUAUGCUGCUGCAGUGUUGUUCCGCAUGUCAGAGGAUAAACCCCAGGACUAUAAGAAGAGACUGUCUGUAGAGCUCACCAGCUCCCUGUUCAGGACUGAGCCCAUGACCUGGAACGAGACUGGGGACCUGGGUCUAGAUAUUGCAGCACAAGGAGAGCCUCUUGGUUACAGACCAGAUGACCCCAGCUACCGCUCUUACCAUCCAGGAGGUUAUGGGCAAGAUGCCAUGGGCAUGGACCCCAUGAUGGAGCAUGAUAUGGGUGGGCAUCACCCUGGCACAGACUACCCUGUGGAUGGCCUUCCUGACCUUGGGCACACCCAGGACUUGAUGGAUGGCCUUCCCCCAGGCGAUAGCAAUCAGCUCGCUUGGUUUGAUACUGAUCUGUAAAUAAAGAAUUUUUUAGUUGUAUUGUCUGAUCCGAAUGAACCUGCAUUGUGAUUUGGCCUGAAGAGUUUCUGAGCGGUCUCAAGAGAGUGGGCUGGUUUCUCUGGAAGUGCCUGACACUAAUACAAGCUGAGUUUCCUAUGGGAACACGAGCAAGUAAAAAAUGUUUUGUUCCGGUCCUCACUGAUGGGAGUUUUAACCGCAAAGGAUUUUUGGUGGGCGGGUUACUCAAAGAAAGCUCAAGAAGUGGAUCAUAAUAUGGAAUUUUAAACCUUAGCCUUGCCUGUAAUUAUUUUUACAUUACUUUUUUUUUUAAGAUUCUGUAGUCUAAUGGUACUUUAGCUUGCUUUGACACUCAGUCUUUUUGUUUUGCAGUAAUUUUUGUAUUCUUUUCAAAUCUCUUGCAUAGUGUUAAAUUAUAGUGGUAAUCCUCCAUCAAUCAAGAUUUUAUCAAGUUUAUGGUGUAGAACACUAAUUGAAUUGUAUUCUGAUCAAGUGUAACAUUGUGUAGCUUUUGUAUAAAACCAAGAAUGGAAGAAAUGGUCCAAAUCUCAGCUUUCCUGCUUUAACAAGAUAACUGUUUCCGGUGUCGCAAAAGGGUCUGCAAUCAAGGGGGGGACAGUUCUUUUUAUUUUCCUUUAUUUUUUUUAUUUUUUAUUUUCCUCUUUUUUGAUGGUAGCUGUAGAAGGAUUUGAAAUAAACCCCUUAUUAUUGUAGCCUGCUGUGUUUAUUGGAGACAUGGUUAUAAUGUGGCUAAAUAAAAUACUGGACAAACUUCA